AUGUGGGUGCGGGUCUAUGCAUGCGUUCUCUUCGGCUCAGUACAUAGGGCAUCGAUUGCUACUGUGCCUAGUACACCUGUUGACCACCAGCAUCAGCAGAUACCAUCCCCUCCUUCUAGCUCACACUAUGUGCCGUUGCUCUUGGACGACAUUCUCAACCGUCCCGAGAAUUCGAUUGUGAAACAAGUGAAAGAGCACUAUUUGCCGGGCCUAUUCCCUCAUAAGAGUGCAGAAGAAGAUAAGAAACAAGAAGCGGAAAGUGCUAUUCGAAAUGCGCAUUUUAACAAUGAUGGAACCGGUGUCGCCUUUUACAACAAAACGAUGCAAGACUAUGGUGAAGCAAAGUGCCGUAUGCCCCAGAUCUAUAAAACGAUAAUCGCACCUACAAACGACGUCAAUUUCCAGUCUCUGUGCCGUAAUACCUCGAGCAGGACGGUGUUCGCUCAUGUUCGAAUGGCAACAUCCGAAGUGCAGCAAUUCAACAGCCACCCCUUCGCUUUCGGAAGACACAUAUUCAUGCACAACGGAUCGGUAGCAAACUUUAGUUCGAUUAGGCGAGAUCUAUGCGCCAAAUUAAGUACCAGAGCGUACAAUAAUAUCAAAGGUUCGACGGACUCUGAACACCUCGCCGCCCUGUAUAUGACGCACUUGGGCGAUGACUGGACUGUUCAGUAUGGUCUGGAGAACAUGAAGCGCGCGCUCGAACGUGCGAUUGCUGAUAUAAUAGCACUCCAACGGAAACUCCCGGACGCGACCACGCCUCUUGCAGCCUCGAGUCUCAAUGUGUGCACUACUGAUGGAGAGGAACUCUUGGCGUUCCGCUUCCGCAGCUCCGAGGUCGAGCAACCUCCAUCUUUGUACUACUCCACUUCAGCAGGUGUGACGUUGAACAGGAAGUACCCGGGACACCCGAAUUAUUUCAAGUGGGAGGAUCCUGGUGAUGCUGCUACAGGACUGGUGGGACCCGAUGAACUUCGUCCAGAGGCCUAUGGAAAUCACGUCAUCGUGGCAAGUGAACCAACUACAAAGGUAUGGAACUUUUCUAAGCCCGCGCACGAGCUAACCGAGUUUUCAAGGAUGAGGGCGAAUGGGAACGGCGCUAGCGUCAUCAGUGUUGAUUGGCCGCCCCGGCUCUUGCCUUCUGCCACAACAUACCUCACGACACCCGCACACCUGCAUUCCCGAAUCAUGUAUUUCCCCAAGGUUGCUCUGCUUGCUGCUUCUCUUUCACCAUUCGCUGCUUCAGCGCUGUCUUUCACUCGUCCCGACUUGGUUUUAAAUGGCGAAUCGCCUAUUUUCACGCAGAGCCGAUGGAGUUGGACCGAUUGUGGUUUGCCAUCUGAUGGUGUCCAGAUCAAGUCUAUCGAAGUUUCUCCAGACCCACCUAAGCCUGGGCAGGACUUGACAGUCACAGUUAUUGCUACAGCCGAUCAACCGAUUGAAGAGGGAGCAUACGCCGACGUUACUGUUAAGCUCGGUUUGAUUAAAUUGUUGAAUAAACGAUUCGAUAUCUGUGAAGAAGCACGCAACGCCAACGCAACCAUUCAAUGCCCGGUCCAAAAGGGUGAUCACACUGUUGUUCAGACUGUUGCAUUACCUAAGGAGAUCCCGCGAGCCAAAUUUACAGUCGACGUGAAAGGAUAUUCUGCUGAUGAGGAAGAUCUCGCCUGUGUCAAACUUAAUGUUGAUUUCAUGCUUGGCCACAACCUGUGGUAG